CUAUAGGCGAGCCCCGUGGGAUACUGCUCUCUCAGCCCACCAUGCAGAACAGUCACAGCGGCGUGAACCAGCUCGGCGGGGUGUUCGUCAACGGGAGGCCGCUGCCCGACUCCACGCGGCAGAAGAUCGUGGAACUCGCGCACAGCGGCGCGCGGCCCUGCGACAUCUCCCGAAUCCUGCAGGUGUCGAAUGGAUGUGUGAGUAAAAUUUUGGGCAGGUAUUACGAAACUGGCUCCAUCAGACCCAGGGCAAUCGGAGGUAGUAAACCGAGAGUAGCGACUCCAGAAGUUGUAAGCAAAAUAGCGCAGUAUAAACGAGAGUGCCCCUCCAUCUUUGCGUGGGAGAUUCGAGACAGAUUACUAUCAGAGGGGGUCUGUACCAACGAUAAUAUACCCAGUGUGUCGUCGAUAAACAGAGUCCUACGCAACCUGGCUAGCGAAAAGCAACAGAUGGGUGCCGACGGGAUGUACGACAAGCUAAGGAUGCUGAACGGGCAGACGGGGACCUGGGGCACCCGGCCCGGCUGGUACCCCGGCACCUCGGUACCCGGGCAGCCCGCCCAAGACGGCUGUCCGCAGCAGGAGGGAGGAGGGGAGAACACAAACUCCAUCAGCUCCAAUGGGGAAGAUUCAGAUGAGGCCCAGAUGAGACUUCAGCUGAAAAGAAAGCUACAGAGAAAUAGGACAUCCUUUACCCAAGAGCAAAUCGAAGCCCUUGAGAAAGAAUUUGAGAGGACCCACUACCCCGAUGUGUUUGCAAGAGAGAGACUAGCUGCUAAAAUAGACCUGCCUGAAGCAAGAAUACAGGUGUGGUUUUCUAACAGAAGGGCCAAAUGGAGAAGGGAAGAGAAGCUGAGGAACCAGCGAAGACAAGCCAGCAACACUCCCAGCCACAUUCCCAUCAGUAGUAGUUUCAGCACAAGCGUUUACCAGCCGAUCCCGCAGCCAACCACCCCCGUUUCCUCUUUCACAUCAGGUUCCAUGUUGGGCAGGACGGACACGGCGCUCACAAACACGUACAGCGCGCUGCCGCCCAUGCCCAGCUUCACCAUGGCCAACAACCUGCCUAUGCAACCCCCAGUACCCAGCCAGACCUCCUCCUACUCUUGCAUGCUGCCCACCAGCCCAUCGGUGAACGGCCGGAGCUAUGACACCUACACCCCCCCGCACAUGCAGACACACAUGAACAGCCAGCCGAUGGGCACCUCCGGCACCACUUCCACAGGUCUCAUUUCCCCUGGAGUGUCAGUUCCAGUUCAAGUUCCUGGCAGCGAACCUGAUAUGUCUCAAUACUGGCCAAGAUUACAGUAAAACAUGUGUUAAUUCUGUAAAUGACUAUAUGGACAACAGUUGGAUGUUCAGCAGUAUUUUCUAAAGGAAGAAUGGCUCUCAGAGUACUUCUGUACUGCAACUGUGCCCUAUGCUGUAACACAUGGAAAAGACUUUAACAUGGACCUUUGUACGCUGAAGGCAUUAUAUCGGUUGGAACAAAUCUUCAUUUUGGUAUCCAAACUUUUAUUCAUUUUGGUGUAUUAUUUGUAAAUGGGCAUUUGUAUGUUAUAAUGAAAAAAAAAGAACAAUGUAGACUGGAUGGAUGUUUGAUCUGUGUUGGUCAUGAAGUUGUUUUAAGAAAAAAAAAAGAAAAGGAAAAAAAAAGAAGCCAUGAUCAACAAGCUUUGCCACGAAUUUAAGAGUUUUAUCAAGAUAUAUCGAAUACUUCUACCAAUCUGUUCAUAGAUUAUGGAUUGAUGUUCCAAGUUUGUAUCAUUCCAUUGCAUAUAAUUAAACCUGGAACAAUACGCACUAGAUUUAUGUAAGAAAAAUAUCUGUUGGUAUUUCCAAAGGUUGUUAACGGAUGAAGCUAUGUGCAAACAAGGGUUAAGAGAAAACUUCGAUGAAGAAAAGAGUUUGAUAGAUAAGAGGUAGAUUGUGUCUUCGAUAUAAUCCAAUUUGUUUUAUGUCGAAAUGUAAGUAUUUGUCUUCCCUAGA